GAUAAAAACGGAUUUACCUUUUUUUCCGAGUCUCCCAAACACACAAUCUCCUCCUUCCCACUCUCUCCGUUGCCCACUUCCUUCGCAUCUCCUCUCCCUCUCCACUCCUCCGCCGCGGCGGCGCCGGAGCUGUGCCCGCCGCCGUCGGAAGCGUAGCAGCAGGGGAUGGCAAUGCCCCCCCGGGUCACCGAUCCCCGGCGGUGAAUUUCAGCGGGCGGGGAGCCGCGCCGCCGCCGUCGACGACGACUCUGGUCCGACCUCCUCACUGGUCAAGCUACUGCAUUUGUACAGUUCGCUGAAGAUCGGUAGUUCGUACAAGCUGGGAUGAAGUCAAAGACUAACAGGAGCAUACAGAAGGCGAGAAAAACAGAUAAUGUCCAAGGAGGACCAAACUGGGUUCUUGUUGCGGGAGGAGUUUUGCUGAGCACACUCUCAGUUAAACUUGGGUGCAAAUUGAAACAACUAUUUGAUGCGAAGCAACGAAAUAGUAAUACUUCCAAAGCCCAAAGAAGGCCAGGAACAUGUGAGUUACACUCAAAUCUCUACCGGUUUAGUGAUCACCUGAGCUGCUACCAUUGUAAUUCAGGGUUUUCAGGCAAUGGAGUAGGAGUAAAGCAGGCACCUGCAAGUCCUGCAUCAAAACAGAUGGAACCCUCCCUUCCACUUGUGAAGAUACCAGGACCAGAAUCAAGCAAAGAGAAUAAUGGCGUCAUGUGGAUAUCAUCACCUGAUCGACUUGAGGAUCCUCGUAAACCAUUUCAGUACUCAAACAGUUCUGGCUCUCCUUGUGUUUCAGAAUCAGGAUCUGACAUCUAUAGCAAGAAAGAGGUUAUACAGAAGCUGAGGCAGCAUCUCAAGAAACGUGAUGAGAUGAUCAUGGAGAUGCAAGCUCAGAUUGCUGAUCUUAAAAACUCUCUUAACAUCCAGGAGACACAUUCCACCAAUUUGCAGUCUCAGCUGGAUUCCGCUAACCGUGAUCUCUUCGAAUCUGAGCGAGAGAUUCAGCACCUGAGGAAGAUCAUUGCAGAUCAUUGUGUUGCAGAAGCACUCUCUCAUGAUAAACCUUUGCUGGCUGGGCAUUGGCAGUCAGGUGCCACCAAUGGGCAUGCCAAUGGCUAUGCUGAUAGCAGCAGUGUUGAUGACCCUGAGCUGCAUUUUAUUGGCCUCGACAAAAGGAAAGGAGAGGCAGAAAGGGUGGAGAUGCUCAAGAGGGAGGUCGGUGAGCUAAAGGAAGUUAUCGAAGGGAAGGACUUCCUGCUUCAGAGCUACAAGGAGCAGAAGGUGGAGCUCUCUUCCAAGAUAAGGGAAUUGCAGGAGAAAUUCUCAAGUCAAGUGCCCAACAUCCUGUAGGAUCUAAACAUAAUGUCACGUUGCUGCAACGAGCAGAAGCCAGAAGGUGGAUCAUCUCUGCUCCAUUGACCGGGGAGUUUCAGGAGAAGAACUGUCAGCACAGAUGCUGAACAUUUUCCUAGGAUAUUUUCAGAAUGUUAGGUUGAUUGCCGUCUUUCUUUUCGGUCAUCGUAAUGUUAGGUUGAUUUGCUUCCUUUCCAGUUUUUGUCACUUUGGUAUCAAAAAGGAUAUCUUUUUUCCCCAGCUGCUAGUCCUAGGGUAGAUGAAUUAAUGGAGAUCUUGAUACUCAAGGUGUUGUACAGGUUUUCGUUCUGCAGACACGGCUGUGUAAUGUCAUUCUUUCUCCAAACUACUUAAGACGCAUUAAGCAUUCAUUUAGAAUGCAACAAUGGCAUCUCUACAUUUAGAUC